AUGCUGGUUCUUUUGAUCCUCUUUUUUGUGAUGCUGUCCUUCCUGUCCUUCUCAAUGAAGGCCCAGGUGAAGCUGAAACGCAAGCGCAACUACCCCAAGAGCCUGCCUUCCUUGCCACUCAUUGGGAGCCUGUUGCAUUUUAUGGGAGAUACAAAGCCUCACCUUCUCUUCCACAGAUUGCAGCAGAAGUAUGGCAGCCUCUACUCUCUCUACAUGGGCUCUGAGUAUGUGGUGGUGGUGAACAGCUAUCUCCAUGCCAAAGAGGUCCUGCUAAAGAAAGGGAAGAUCUUUGGUGGAAGGCCUAGAACAGUAACCACAGACCUGCUGACAAGGAACGCAAAAGACAUUGCCUUUGCCCCCUACAGUCCAAUUUGGAAAUACCAGCGCAAGCUAGUGCACUCUGCCCUUGCCAUGUUUGGGGAGGGAUCUCUAGCCCUGCAGAAGAUAAUCUGUCAAGAAGCGAAUUGUUUGUGUGAAACUCUGUGUGCUGCCCAGGAUUCACCUCUGGACAUGUCACCUGAGCUGACACGGGCUGUGACGAAUGUGGUUUGCUCCCUUUGCUUUAACUCAUCCUACCAACGUGGGGAUCCUGAAUUUGAGGAUAUGCUAAAAUACAGUCAAGGCAUCGUGGACACGGUUGCCAAACAAAGCAUGGUGGAUAUCUUUCCUUGGCUUCAGUUUUUACCCAAUAAAGAAUUGGCAUUGCUGAGGAAGUGUGUGGGGAUGAGAGAUCAGCUUCUACAUCAGAAGUUUGAAAAACAUAAAGAAGAGUUCAGCAGUGAUUCUGUCAAUGACCUCAUGGAUGCGCUUCUGAGAGCCAAACUGAAUGCAGAGAACAACAACAGCCACAUAUUAUCUCAGCAGGGGCUGACAGAUGACUACCUGCUCAUGACGGUAGCUGACAUUUUCGGUGCAGGUGUGGAAACCACCACUACUGUACUGAAAUGGACUGUCCUCUAUCUCCUACACUACCCAGAGGUCCAGCAAAAGAUCCAAGAGGAGAUUGAUCAGAACCUUGGCUUUAGCAGGCAUCCUUUGCUCAGUGACAGGCAGCAUUUGCCUUACUUGGAGGCUACCAUCAGUGAAGUUCUGCGUAUUCGUCCUGUCUCUCCACUUCUUAUCCCACACGUGGCACUGGAAGAUACAACCAUUGGGGAAUAUGACAUCCCAAAGGGGGCUCAAGUUGUGAUCAACCUAUGGUCCAUUCAUCAUGAUGAAAAGGAGUGGGAGAAACACCACGAGUUCAAUCCAGAUCGUUUCUUGGAUGAGGACGGGAACCGAAUCUACAGCCCUUCUCCAAGUUACCUCCCUUUUGGAGCUGGUGUUCGGGUUUGCUUGGGAGAAGCGCUGGCCAAGAUGGAGCUCUUCCUCUUUAUUUCCUGGAUCUUGCAGAGAUUUACCCUGAGCAUUCCUGAAGGCCAGACGCUGCCUGCCCCAGAAGGCAAGUUUGGAGUUGUGCUCCAAGUGCCAAAGUUCAAGGUGAAAGCUACACUGCGGGAAGCUUGGAAAGGAAAGUAAUGGGUCAGUUAUGGAAUUUCAUCUAAUGAAGCUGCCCUAAUCAAUUUAAAAGAAAGGGGGUGCCUGUUCAUCCAAACCAGUAAAGGUUUACUGGAUACAUAGGAGACUUUGAAGAAGGAAAAAUAACUGCCUGGUAUAGGAGACAAAGGCAAUUUUUCAAAAAAUACAGUAGACUCAU